AUGACUAAUCUCACAUACUUUGAGCCUGCUGCUGUCGCUACUUCAUCAGCCAGCGUCGAAACCAAUGUCAACGCGUCUGGAAUAAAUGGAAGCCAAUCGAAUGCUUCUUCUUUGCAGGGUAAAUCAUCCUCACCAAUAACUCAGCCACUCUCUUCGUCGAAUCGUCCCGGAGUGACUGGAUUUAGCUCCUCGGGUCUACCCUCUACAAUUGCUUCACCCUUCUCAAACCGCCUUAAUGAUGCUGAACCUUGUAUAUCUGUUGAA